ACUCAUCCACUGCUCACCUUUCACCAUGAGGUUCCUACUGGUUUCCAGUUUCUUACUGGCUGCCGUAGUCGCAGUCCGAAGUGAAGCCACCCAGGAUAAGAAGCAAGAGAAGAGAGGCAUCUUGAGUGGAAUCGGAGGCGGCUACGGGGGUGGCUAUGGAGGCGGCUACGGGGGCGGCUACGGAGGCGGCUAUGGUGGUGGCUACGGAGGCAGCUAUGGAGGCGGCUACGGAGGCGGCUAUGGUGGUGGCUACGGAGGCAGCUAUGGAGGCGGCUACGGAGGCGGCUAUGGUGGCGGCUACGGCCUGGGCGGUGGUCUUGGAUACGGCUCUGGCUUCGGUUCCGGCAUUGGGUUUGGCUCAGGUGCCGGCCUUGGUAUCGGCUCUGGUAUCGGAGUGGCGGUGUCAGCUCCGGCAGUGAGGACCGUGACACAAGCAGUAGCGGUUCCAGUGGCCCAGCCCGUACCUGUGACCGUCAACAGGCCCGUGCCCGUACCUGUAGCACAGCCCAUCCCAGUGUCGGUACCCAGGCCCUACCCCGUCAGUGUCCCUCAUCCCGUACCUGUCUCUGUGCCCAGGCCGUACCCUGUGAGUGUGCCCAGGCCAGUAGCUGUGCCUGUGCCUCAGGCCGUGCCUGUGCCAGUCCCUCAGCCCUACCCCGUCAGCGUGCCUCAGCCGGUCCCUGUGCAAGUGCCUCAGCCCGUGGCUGUGCCAGUGCCUCAGCCCGUCACCGUCACUAGGCCAGUGUUCAUCUCCUCCGGCCAAGGAGGCGGCUUCGGCGGCGCCGGGGGCUUUGGCUACGCUAACGGGAUUGGAGGCGGCAUCGGCGGCGGCUACGGAGGCGGCAUCGGCGGCGGCUACGGAGGUGGCUACGGAGGCGGCUACGGAGGCGGCUACGGAGGCGGCUACGGAGGCGGCAUCGGAGGAGGCAUCGACGGCGGCUACGGUUCUGGACACGGAGGCAGCAGCUUGGGAGCUAUCGGCUACGGCUCAGGACUCAGCUAUGGAUCCGGGUCUAGCCACGGCUUCAGUUCCGGCUACAGCUCUGGAUAUGGUUCUGGUCAUGGAUAUGGAUCUGGCAAGGUGGGAUAUUGAAUACACAUACUCAGCACUUUCUUCACGAUUAUACGCGCUUAUUUUUUUUUUUACCGCACGCAAGAGGAACCAAGUGAUAUACGUCAGUUUAAAUAACACCUUAGUAGUGUUUUUAUUUAUGUCAAGAAAGAAGAGAAGCAAAUAAAUAUACGAAACCAAGGUUCAUCAGUGGUUGCAGUGGAUAAGUAAUUUCUGUCAAAUUAAAAGUAAUUCCGAAUCAUGAAUAAUCAGUAUCAUAAAGUCUUAUUUUGAUUAUUCUUAAUUAAUCUGCUUAUUUCUUACACUAUACAGAUAUAAAACAUAUUGUUUUAAAAGUAUCUUUUUUAUGUAUAUAUGUCAGCUGUAAUGUUAUUUUAUACUUAAUUUGUGAGGAUGAUUACUUGCUAAUAAAUUACUUUUUUAACUA